CAGCAGGAUGCGUGAGGGUGAUCCUAAUUCCACCAUCCCUUCCCUUCCACCCUCUUUCUCUCUUCUCAUUUUCCUCUCAUGCCUGUCUUCCCUUCUUUAGGUCGAAGAAAAAUAUGAGCAGUCUUGCGUGAUCUUCUCUCUUUUUCUCUUGGAAAUGAGAUGGGGAGCAAAGGAGGUGCAUCAUCGCCAUCGUCGGUCGUCUGUUGCAUGUGCGGCGAUCACGGGCUGCGGCAAGAGCUCUUUCGAUGCAAGGUCUGCCUCGUUAGGUCUCAGCACAAAUACUGCAGUAAUCUUUACCCGAAAGCCGACUCCUACCGAGCAUGCAAUUGGUGCCUAAGGGAGGAAGGAGGGAAGUCUCUCUCAAAGGAAACUACCGCGGAGCAUAACAGCUCGAUCUCUUCUACUUCUACAAAUGCUGACAAUAGCAGUGCUAGUGGUGGCUCGGGAGGAAAGCUCCAUCGAGGGGCUUUUUCAUCACAGCUCAACAAGCCUAUCAAGAAACAAAGACUGCUGGAUCGAUCGACGUCUGAUGCAACCGACCGGAUUCCCUCGGAGGAGCUCUCACCAAGUUCAGGAAGGGGAAGACAGGCCUUCAGAGGAAAAGUCCGGAGGUAUAAGCUCUUGGAAGAGGUCUCUAGUUAAUCCUCUCCCCUUUGUAUGUAUGCGUGGUAGCUAUCAGGAUCGUUCUCGAAGGUGACUCAAUGACAGUGAUCACAUGGAUUAAUGAUGUUGGUGACUCAGCUCAUCCCUUUCUUAGAUUCAUUCACUAGCAAUCAAUUUCAUGGGAUUUUCUUGCAGCCGUAUAUAUCGAGCGAAGGGAACUCUGCAGUAGAUUACUUUGCCAAGCUUGCAUCUUCUUUCGAUCAUUUGAUAUACUGGACCAAUAACUAUACUCCUCAUCUUGUACUUCUAUACCGAGAUGAUGGAUUGAUAGUGCUGGUUGUGUAUUUCAAAGAUGUUAGUUUGUAACAAAAAAGGGAUAACAAAAUCCCCUAAAACCAUAACAAAGGCAAGAUUUUGUCAAUUAACUAGUUAGAAUUUUACAUGAGCUACAUACGCUCUAUUUUUUUUUUUUUUAAUUCAGAAGUCAAAAACUAUAAAGUAGGAACAUAGGUGGUACUCCAAUCGAAGUCAAUGGCAAUGAGUCCCUAACGACUUUAUCAAUCGAACUCGAGGGACGCUUUGACAUUGAUUUUCCCUUUUAUUGCACUCAUCUCCUCAAAGACUUUCAAGAUUCGACAUUGUAAAUAGUUGUUUGCAAAUUUGUGUGAGUGUGGUAGGCCUGGUCAAGUUGAGGUGGCCCAAUGUGCUUGGGUGGGUUUAGGGCCAGACCUGGUUGGUUAGCUCUAUUUUCUUGCAAGAAUAGAAAAUGCAGUGUUCCAGUUUUCUCUA